GAAUUAACCUUUCAUAACUUGCUCAUUUUUGCAGGUCUCGGCUUGUGUCCACUGGAACACAUCGGCCCGGGCUUCAUGCAGCCGCAGUUUAAGUGUGCGAACGGCCGCUGUAUCCACGCUGAACUGGAAUGUGACGGGAUCAACAACUGUGGUGAUUCCAGUGACGAGUCGAACCUGGACCACCAGACGAACUGUGACCGGCUGAAGGACCCUCCUGGAAACAGAACGGACCUGCCCCAUGCCCAAGUGAGCGAAGUUCAUCGUCCUAGCAACUUCCCCACCACCCUGAGUGCGCAUGACCAAGAGGCCACGUACGGCGGGCACGGGCUGAGUAACGGAGCCAUCGUCGCCAUCGUCAUCAUCGCUUUCGUCUCGGUGGGAAUCAUCAUCUUCGCCGCCGCCGUGCGCUACACACGGUUCCGCGACAAAUUCCAAGGAGGCGCUACUCAGAGGAGUAUAGACUACGAGUACACAGAGAGCCCAGCGUACGAGCCGUCCGAGAGGGUGGCUCGGCUGGUGAUACGGGACGGGAGAGCCAUCAUCACUCGGGGGUACAUCCCCACACACAGCGUCGGGAGUACUAGUACCAGUGCCACGGAUGACCGGGCGGCCUCUACACACACCUUGAACGGAGACUGUUCUAACGCAGCAAACUCCCAGGCAAACGGCCACGUGGUGCUACCGACAAGAUCUGGUAGUGAUAAACCAAGUUUACAGCCGUUGCUAGGAGACCGAAAGGGAAGCGACAGUGACGGUUCACUGCUGCCCUCCUACCCGCCCCCUCCUUAUGCAGACCUGUAUCAUCAAGUCUAUGAUCGCACACUAGAUUCCUCAGCUGUAUAACACCAGGCUUGGAUAGCACGAAGUUUUGUAAAUAUAAUUAUUGUACAUUUGAGUGUACAUAUCUGUAUAUGUUGCUGUGUUAACAUAUUUACGUGAAUUUAUAAUAUUGAUAUCAAUUUUAUUGAAAUUUGGAAUAAAACUGCAAUCAUUUCUGUUUCAACAAUA